AUGGCCAGGUUAGGGAAGGAGGCUACAACAAUUCGGCGUGUUCUGGAAUCUUUGUUCCGAUACUUCGAUAAUGGAAAUUUAUGGUCUCCUGAAAGUGGUCUUGCCUUCCCAGUCUUAAAGGAUAUGCAGUUUUUAAUGGAUAAUUCUGGGCAAAAUACACAUGUUUUGCUAUCCAUAUUGGUUAAGCAUCUUGAUCACAAAAAUGUCCUUAAAGAACCCAGCAUGCAGCUCGAUAUUGUUGGGGUUACCACUGCCCUUGCUGAGCAUGCAAAGGUUGACCCUUCUGUGGCAAUAAUUGGUGCAGUAAGUGAUGUCAUGCGUCAUUUGCGGAAAAGCAUACACUGCUCACUUGAUGAUGCAGAUCUGGGAGCUGAAAUAAAAAAUUGGAACAAAAACUUCAGAGAAGUGGUGGAUAAAUGCCUUACUGAGUUAGCAUAUAAGGUGGCACUCAUCUCCAUUAGAUCUUACUUGGUUGGACAAGCAGGCCCGAUCCUUGACAUUAUGGCUGUUAUGUUGGAGAAUAUCUCAAAUGUUACUGUGAUAGCCAGAACUACGAUUUCUGCUGUUUAUCGUACAGCUCAAAUUGCAUUCCCUGAAACUUUAUUUCAUCAGUUACUUCCGGCUAUGGUCCAUCCAGAUCACGAAACACGAGUUGGAGCUCACCGCAUCUUUUCUGUUGUUCUUGUGCCAUCUUCAGUUUCACCUCGUCCAUCCUCAACUAAUCCUGAGUCAAAUAAAGGCUCUGAUCUUUCACGAACUCUAUCAAGAACUGUGUCAGUCUUUUCUUCUUCAGCUGCUCUUUUUGACAAGCUAAGGAGGGAUAAAACUUCCCCUAGGGAAAAUAAUGUUCUUGAAGGUGAACAAAUUAAUAACAGGAUGCCUGCUAGAUUAAAGUCAUCUACCAGUCGAGUAUACAGCGUGAAAAAUCCUCUUGUACCUUCAUCAUCAGACGAGAAUCCUGUGAACAACUUGAAUAAGGAAACCGCGGCUGGUUCUCUAAGGCUGAGUAGUCGCCAGAUCACUCUUUUGCUUUCAUCAAUUUGGACACAGUCCAUUUCUCCUGCAAAUACACCUCAAAACUAUGAAGCAAUUGCUCAUACAUAUAGCCUGGUAUUGCUGUUCUCUCGAGCCAAGAAUUCCAGUAAUGAGGCUUUGAUUAGAAGUUUUCAGCUGGCAUUUUCCUUGAGAAACAUUGCUCUUAAGCAAGACGAAUCACUCUCACCAUCACAUCGCAGGUCCCUCUUUACCCUGGCAACUUCGAUGAUUCUUUUUUCAUCAAAAGCUUUCAAUAUUAUUCCGCUUAUUUAUUGCACCAAGGUGGUGCUUACAGAAAAAAUGGCAUCUGUUCAGCAGCUGCUUGAAGUUGAUCCAUUUUUGCACUUAGUUGAAGAUCGCAAGUUAGAGGCUGUUAGUACUGAAUCUGGCCACUCCACAAUUGUUUAUGGAUCUAAGGAGGAUGAUAGUUCAGCUUUAAAAGCCCUUUCAGAUAUGGAUGUUACUGGGAACCAAAGCAGGGAAUACUUUGCUGCUGAGAUUGCCAAGUGCUUGGGAAAUUUGGCAAAUUCUGAAGUAUCCACUAUACGAGAGAAACUCCUCAACGAAUUCUUACCCGAUGAUGUAUGUCCAUUGGGAGCCCAGUUGUUUAUGGAUACUCCAAAUCAAAUAGAUCAGGUUGAUUCGAAAGACGAAUCUCUUGUGGAGGACACUCCACUUUUUACAGUAGAUGAUGUUUUUCUAGAUUUGUUGGAAGGUCAAACCACUCAGAGCACAGAAAUAGUCUUGCAAGACACCGACCUGUUGAGUGUCAGUCAACUUCUAGAAUCAGUCUUGGAGACGACACAUCAAGUUGGACGAUUGUCUAUAACUGCACCUGAUGUUUCUUAUAAGGAAAUGGCUCAUCAUUGUGAAACACUUCUGAUGGGAAAGCAACAGAAGAUGUCUCAUGUGAUGAGUGUCCACAUGAGACAGGAGAGUUUGAUGAAUGUCUCCCUCCAGAACCAUGAUGACGAGGCAUGGAAGGUAAUAUCUUAUUCUUACGCCGAUUUGGGUUCAGAUGGUCAUGUUUUCUUACUGUUGUUUUCUGCUUUGAAAAGAUUAAUGAAUGGGGUGGGUGUGUUGGCUUGUGAAUGUUUUGGUAUGUUGAUAUUACACGGUGUUCAUAUCAUACUAAGAUCAUAUGUGAGUUCUGUGUGGUGUUUUGACCAAUUGGUGGAAAAGAAUCUGGUAAAUGUGAAUGAUAGUUUGAUCAUGUCAACCAAGUACAUAGUAUCUGCUGUGUUGGGAUCGUUUGCAAUAGCAUAUGCUUGUGACUAUGUUAUUUCUGACAAAAAGAUAUUUGGAGGUACCACACCAAGAACAGUUUCAAACAAGGAAUGGUGGGAGGAGACUGACAAGAAAUUUCAAGCAUGGCCUCGUACUGGAGGGCCACCAGUGGUGAUGAACCCCAUUACUCGCCAGAAUUUCAUUGUCAAGUCCCAAGAUUCUUGA